AUGUCCCUCCGCACGCGGCUCCGGUUAGCCGUAUCCGCCGGGAUAGUGUUGAUAUUACUGCUCUACCUGUCAAACAAUAAGUGGACGGUUCCUGCGCUGGGUUACCAUAAGACUCCUGUCCAUGCGCCGUCGAAACCCGUCGAGAACAGCCCACAACUCCAUGCUUCCUUCUGGAGCGCAUUCCAACCUGUGUUAGAGCGAUAUGCACCUACCUGCCAGCCUCCGAAGAAAGAGGGUAGAGCCGAUACGAGUGAGAUCGGCUUCCAUCCUGAACGGAACGACCAGAAACGGCCAGAUCACAUUAGGAUGCCCGCAGCUGACGUUCUGUCGAUGAAGAAACUCCAUACCGAUUUCGUUGUCGAGGCCAACAGUGGUCGUCAUCGGCCUUAUUAUGCCCCGGGUACUCGUGGUCUGGUGUCUACAGCAGGAGGUCCAUAUCUCCCUGUACUGACGGUUUCCCUCCGCAUGCUUCGAAAUAGGGGCUGCUCCCUACCGAUGGAAGUCUUCCUGGCCACAAACGCCGAGUUCGAACCAUACAUCUGCAACCAGGUCUUUCCUGCAUUGCAAGCUAGAUGUGUCGUCCUUGAGAACAUGCUCAAAACUGCACCCAAGGGCAUCUCGAUCUCCAAUUACCAAUACAAAGUAUUCGCGAUGCUCUUUUCAUCAUUCGAGGAGCUUCUGUUCCUUGAUGCAGAUGCCUUCCCUCUUCAUGACCCUAAUGAACUAUUCCACAAGGAACCUUUCUCUUCUGGAAAGAUGGUUCUUUUCCCUGACUUCUGGGCCUCAAGCGCAGCACAACAAUAUUACACCAUUGCUUCAUUACCAGCUCCCAACAUGAACAAGCGGGCUUCGACUGAAUCCGGAGAAAUUAUGCUUUCAAAGAAGCACCAUGCAAAGACAUUGCUACUUGCCGCAUACUACAACCUUUAUGGUCCCCAAUACUUUUAUCCGCUUCUCUCCCAAGGUGCCGCUGGAGAAGGAGAUAAGGAGACCUUCCUUGCUGCAGCUACAGUUGUUGAAGAUGACUUCUACCAAGUCAGCGAGCGACUACGUGCUAUUGGACACGAGUCACCAGCUGGCUUGGCCGGUUCAGCCAUGAUUCAAUUUGAUCCAACGGAAGACUAUGCUCUGACCCAAAAGGGACACUGGCGUGUCCUCAACGAUUCUGUUGCUCCGCCUCCCAGGCCCUUCUUUGUCCAUGUCAAUGUUCCAAAGUUCAACCCUGCCACAAUCUUUGGAAAGCACCCAAUCGACCCCGUCCGAGACCACACGGGCAAGUUCAUUCAACCUUGGAGCGUACCAGUGGAAACGAUAAAACUAAUGGGCGAUGGUAUCGAGAAACAGUUUUGGUCGGAGAUGAAGUGGGUUGCCUGCGAACUGGAGAAAAAAUUCAAAUCCUGGGAGAAGCUUGAAGGUGUCUGUGAUAACAUGAAGAAGUACUGGAAUGAGGUCUUUGAGAAGAAACAGCCCAAGCAAUAG